CGCCGGUGCCUAGAAAACAAGGUUGGCCGGAAUGGCUCAUAGGCUUUUAACCUUGAAGAAUAACCUGCUGAUGCCUACAACUCAGUGCCAGCGCCACAAUCAGGUGCUGCAGCAAUGCAUGCGGCUGAGCAGCUCUGCGUGCGCCAGGCAGCCUGCAGGCCCAAGAAAUUCUUCUGACGCUCGUCAAAACUUUGAAGAACCAGUCUUUGAUUCUCAUUUAAUUCAUGGAUCUUAUAAUACAGCAUUUAAUACUCCCCUUAAUUAUAAUACACAAUCAUCACACAUAUUUAAUAAUGGAUUCAUGAAGAAGCUAUUAAGAAGUUUAUCUUUUUCCGAGGUCGUGCAAGCUUCACAUAAAGCUCGGAAUAUCCUUGCCAGCCGUGAAGUCCUCCCGAGCGUUGAAGGACUCUGGCAGGACUUAAAAUUUAGUGAAAAACCUCCUAAAGGAUUUGAAAAAUAUUUCAGAAGAGAUGCUGGUGCAAAUGAGCCUGCAGCUUCCAAAGAAGACGGCAGCGUUCCACCCAAGGCAGCAGCUGAGGCACAAAAAAAGAUUCCAUCUGAGAAACCUCUGGACUUCAACUUCUUCUACAAGUGA